GCCGGAAGCGCGGCUGGUGCAGGAGUCCAGCAUGGAAGAAUUUAAAGAUGCAAGUCCACCUGAGGAGCUGCUGAAUCACCUGAAGCUGUCAGAUCAGAAGUCUCCAGAGCCUGGCCCCAGAGAUGCCCAGCACCCCCAGAGCUUUGGCAGUGGCUGUGCCCCAUCCCCAGGCCAGGAUCCCACAGAGGAGUGUUUCCAUGACUGUCAAGACUCCUUUGAGGCCAAAGGAGCUGUGCUGGAUGAUGAAGGGAAUGUUCAGGAUGACGGGAGUAGCUCAAAGAAGCAGACAGAACUAGAUGAAGAAUACUUGCUAGAACUAGAGAAAGAUAUGCCAGAGGAGGAGAAGCAGAAAAGAAGAAAGGAGAGCACGGGGCUGAAGGAGAAAGGAAAUGAGCACUUCAAGAAAGGAGACUAUGGAGAGGCAGAAGAGUCCUACACCAAAGCUCUGCAGAUCUGCCCAGCCUGCUUCCAGAAGGACAGGGCUGUUCUGUUCUCAAACAGAGCUGCUGCAAAAAUGAAACAGGACAAGACAGAGGCUGCCCUGAGUGACUGCACCAAAGCUGUGGAAUUAGACCCUCACUAUAUCAGAGCUUUGCUGAGGAGAGCAGAACUCUAUGAAAAAACAGAAAAAUUAGAUGAAGCUCUGGAAGAUUAUAAGGCAGUCCUAGAAAAAGACCCAUCAGUUCAUCAAGCCAGAGAAGCUUGCAUGAGAUUACCACAGCAAAUUGAGGAGAGGAAUGAAAAAUUAAAGAAAGAAAUGUUGGGCAAACUGAAGGAUCUGGGCAAUUUGGUCCUGCGCCCCUUUGGCCUGUCAACAGAGAACUUCCAGAUCAAACAGGAUUCAUCUACUGGCUCCUACUCCAUCAACUUUGUUCAAAACCCCAACAACAACAGAUAACGUGGAUUCAGUGGGGCUCUGCACAUCCCAUGCCAGGAUCCAGCAAACCAACACCCUCCACCCCCAGGGGAAGAGGAGACUCAGCAAACUCAUUUCCCAGCUUGUGAAAUUAUUUGCAUUGUGGAUGUAAAGUAACUCAUUCAACUUCUCAUAAUGCUGUGUCCAGUGUGUGAUUUGUUUUUGGUUUGUUUUUCUUUUUAAUAUAUCUUUUUCCCCUUCCCUUGUGGUGUUGGGCUUUUCCAAGAGGCAGUUCCUUGGUUUGGCCCACUCAGUGCUGGCAGCAGCAAUUCAGGGAAUUCCAGAGGCUGGAACAAAGUCUGGUGGUGUCCUGGGAAUGGGGAAAUCCAGCAGCAGCACUGCCCCACCCUCAGCUGGGUGGGACUGGCAGCCCUGGACACAGCUCUGCCCUGGAAUCAUGGAUCUUCUAAUAAAGGCUUGGUACUUCUG